AUGGAGUUCUUGAAUUGUAUACUCUUGUGUCUUUGCCUUGCCGGACUCUUGGUCCAAGCCUUCCGUUCAUUUGGAAAAAGAAGCAAAGUUCCCAGAACCAGACUUCCACCAGGGCCAAAGCCACUUCCAGUGGUCGGCAAUCUCUUUGAGCUCGGAGAGAAGCCCCAUCUCUCUUUGGCCAAGCUUUCCGAACGCUACGGUCCCAUAAUCAGCUUGCAGCUCGGUCAAGUAACCACAGUAGUGAUUUCAUCUUCAUCCUUGGCCAAGGAUAUCCUCCGAACCCGAGAUCAUCUCUUCUGCAACCGAACUAUCCCUGAUGCUGUCAAUGCCUACAAGCACUGCGACCACAGCAUGGUGUGGCUGCCUGUUGCGGACAGAUGAAGAAACCUUCGCAAAAUAUGUAACACGCAACUGUUUGCAACCAAAGUUCUCGAUGCAAACCAAGCCAACCGGCGCGUGAAAGUGCAGGACCUCAUUGCCGAUAUCGGCGAAAGCAAGGAGAAAGGUGUGGCAGUGAACAUCGGAAGGGAGGCUUUCAAAACCACGCUCAAUCUGCUGUCCCGGACUAUGUUCUCAGUGGAUUUAGCUAACCCGACUAACGAGACGGCUAGGGAGCUAAAGGAGACUACCUGGGGUAUCAUGGAAGAGAUAGGGAAGCCGAACUUGGCCGACUACUUUCAUUUGCUUAGAAAGAUUGACCCCCAAGGAAUAAGGCGACGGUUAACCUACCACUUUCAUAACACGAUGGUCCUGAUUGACAGGAUGAUCAAUCAAAGGUUGGAAUCCAGAAAAGUGCAGGAUUAUGGUUCGACAAAUGAUAUGUUGGAUACUCUUAUAAACAUGUGUGAGGAGAAGAAUGAGGAAAUGGACAAGACCGAAGUUGAGCAUUUGUUCCUGGACUUGAUUACUGCGGGGACAGAUACGACUUCAAGCACAAUGGAAUGGGCAAUGGCCGAGCUACUCCGUAGUCCAGAGAAACUUGUAAAAGCUCGAGCAGAGCUAGACCAAAUAAUCGGGAAAGAGAAACCGAUCGAGGAAUCAGACAUCGCUCAACUGCCUUACUUGCAAGCAAUAAUCAAGGAAACAUUUCGAAUGCACCCAACAGUGGCGUUGCUACUUCCAAGUAAGGCCGGCGAAGACGUAGAAAUCGGAGGGUACAUUAUUCCAAAGGGUGCACAAGUUCUGAUCAAUGCUUGGGCAGUAGGCAGAGAUUCUAGUGUUUGGGACAACCCAAACUUGUUUAUGCCGGAAAGGUUUUUGGGCUCCGAAAUUGAUGUUGGAGGAAGAAAUUGUGAGCUUAUUCCCUUUGGUGGUGGGAGGAGAGUAUGUCCGGGUAUGCCAUUGGCAAUGAGAAUGUUGCCAUUGAUGUUGGGUUCAGUUCUUAACUGUUUUGAUUGGAAGCUUGAAGAUGGAGUUAAACCUGAAAUUAUGAACAUGGAAGACAAGUUUGGCCUCACUUUACAAAUGGCUCACUCUCUCAUGGCUGUUGCCAACUCGUAAAGAAAACGUUUGG